CUUUUUGCGGAAAUACGACUUAGUAGUGAGAAGGACGCAAAUAAAUUUGUCACUCUUUCCGAAUGUGUAAUACUGACCAGUUCAACCUUCUCAUCGAAAAACUGAAAGAUAAUCCUGUAGAAGAGAUCAGAUGUCGUACUUUAGCCAAUAUUCAGUCGAAAUUAAAUCGAGGUUUAUUGCCAUCAGAUAAGAAGUGUCUGUCGAAACUUGUUAAAGUAUUGCUGUUCUCUUUGGAGCAGAGUCCAUCUUUUGAAACCAAUCGCAUAUUUACGAUACUCAAAAAACUGCUUCUGAAUCCCGAAACCAAAACACUUUUAGCAUUAGCUGGAGGAUGUUCUGUACUCACAAAGAUGCGUAAUUCGACAUCAAACAGUGAAUUAAAAAGGGAUAUUGAUGACAUAUGCGUUUUGAUUACUGAGGAUCCGUCCUUAAUUGAAACAACCAGAGAUUUCAAGAAUAACACUCUGAAAGGAAUACAGGAGUCUAGUGAUCUAAAUUCUACUGAAUCCAAUUUUGUAAUGCCUACUUCACCAGAUUUCUUGCAAACUCGUAAAGGUUCGUCCAAUUUAUCUGUUACACAAGGAAAUACCAAUAACUUAGAUUUAAACCGUUUUACAUCGUCCUAUUCAUUCAACCAAGUCUGUCGAAAUCAUCUUUUAUAUUUUCCCAUGGUCGUGCUUACAAAAGACGAUGUCGGUGUUUUAUGCACAACUUUAAAAUCUAUCUGUUCAAAGGAACCUAAUAUUUGUAUUUCUGGUAUUCGCUUUCUCCAUGGUGUUGUACUUAAAGACUUCCCAGCUGAAUUAUUUCUUCAAAGAACUGAUUUCAUAGAGAAUCUUUUUCGAAUUUUAAAUGAAAAGAAUUUGGAGAUCGUUUAUUCAGCUACCAGUUGUUUGAUUAGCCUUUGUCGUGCUCUUAUCACAAGAAUUUAUUAUCACUUGGAUCCUAACAAUUACGUAUAUUCAAGUCAAACUGGUGACCGGAUGCCGUCCUCUGGCCCUUCGGGAACACAUGAAACUGAGCAAACAUUUUUUACGUUCAUCAAUGACUCAACACAACCCAAGUUUGUGGAUCUACCACUCCAGGAACAAGAGUUCGAUAUUCCGACGAAGACGUACACAAACAGUCUUAUUCAAUGCUAGACUUUUGCUUCCAGUUAUUCAACGUAAUAGGUAGUGGGUUAUUAACAGUCCUAGAUUAUCGUAACCAAUCGGCAAAACAAAAUGCCUGUAAGGCAUCACACAUCAAUACAAGUUGUAGUAAGCAUGACUGGGAAUACAAAUUGGAGUCUAAUUUUCUACUCCUUCUCGAUGUUGGGAUCAAUUUGUUACUGACUAGUUUAUCUCCUCAUCGUUAUACAAAUCAGUAUGACAAGGUUUGUCAAAAGAAUCAAACAAGCGACCCUAUGUCAUUUAUCAACGCAGUAUUCCUAAUUGUUCCUCCCUCUGUCGACCUUAUUAAAUCUUCUGAAUUGCCACCUGACUUUUAUACAUGUAUGGAACAGUUAGGUUCGAUUUUGUCCCUUUAUUCAACCAAUCAAGUUCAUGAUAAUACAACAAUCAUGGAAUCUCUCAUAAGUUGGAAUACUUUUGAGAUGGUCAACUAUAUUAAUAAAGCUAAUUUACCUGGUGAAUGUGAACGACAAA